AUGAAGCCCUCGCGUCAAACACGGGGGCUCCGUUCAUCGUCAUUGUUGCUCGAUGGGACGCGACACCCACCACCUCCUCCUGGCCUUCCCCCGGCUCUCCUCCGUCCUCUGCUGUCUGACGCGCAGGAUGCCCGGCACGAGGAUGUGCCAGAACACCUGAACGAAGCCCCCGCAUCAAACGCGGGGGCUCCGUUCGUCCUCGUCGUCGUGCGACGGGUGACACCCACCACCUCCUCCUGGCCUUCCCCAGGCUCACCUCCGCCCUCUGCGCUGGAACGGACGAUGCGCCCGGCACGAAGACAUGCCAGAACAUCUGAAUGA